AUGACCGAUCAACGAGAUGUCUGGAGCGCCGUCGUCAAACUAAAGAUACCGGCUCUCCCGGACAAGACUGCCGGUAACUUCGCCCGAGAGGACCCAAGUGAAAUCUACAGGGUUGGGGGUUGGGGGCUGAUCCGCCCCGGGGGCAGCAGGACGCCGGCUCCCGCACAGUUUCGGCCGCUAUCUCUGCCGGCAGGCCGGCGCCGCGGCGCCGAUCGCAGACGCCGGGGGCGGGAGCGGGGCGGUGUUUGCCGUAACCUGGCGUCGGAUUUACGAGCCACGGCGCCGUGCGGCGGAGCAUGGUGGGAGUUGGAAUCCACCGGCGACAGUGAAGACAUUUUGGAUGAAGUUCAACAGUGCCGUCUGGAGUCGGAGCAGAUAACAUGCAGGCAGCAAGGAAGUGGGGCUGUGAAGGGCCGAUCCUGGGUGCGGCUUGCUGUUAGCAUGAGGGAUCAUUUAGCUGGAGCAGCAGAUGGAGAAUGUCCAGAAGGUGUCGUACACGAAGAUUCCUUCAAGGACAUCUACGCCAAGUUCUUCCCUCACGGAAACUCGAGCAUGUACGCCCACUACGUCUUCAAGGCCUUCGAUGUCAACAGCAACGGUGCCAUCAGUUUUAGGGACCUGCUGGUGACGCUGUCGACGCUGCUGCGCGGCUCCAUGUACGAGAAGCUGCGCUGGACGUUCAAGCUGUACGACAUCAACGGCGACGGCUGUAUCACGCGCGCCGAGCUCUCCGAGAUCGUGUCGGCCAUCCACGAGCUGAUGGGCCGGCGCGCGCACCACGUCAGCAGGGUGGAGGACGAGAGAAAGGCGCGCGAGCAGGUCGACAGGGUGUUCAAGAAACUCGACCUCAACCAGGACGGCGUCAUCACCAUCGAGGAGUUCAUCGAGUCCUGCCUCAAGGACGAGGUGAUCACCAAGUCGCUGCAAGUGCUGGACGCCGGCAGCGGGCUAUGAUGGCCGGCCCGGGCGGCGGCCGCGGCCGGGGGCGGCGGGGGCGGCGGC